UUGAAUUUGCGUGUUUAAUGCGAAACCUGAGAUUAGAAGAAAAACAUCCUAGUCUCAUGUUCUGAUCUGAUGGUACGCUACAAUUUCAAACUAACAACAUUCUCAGAGCGAGGGGCGUAACUCUAGGCUUCUCUCUCAUUCUACAUAAUCAACGACAAAAGCAAAUUUCACAACAAAAUAACAUGCAAACCAACCCUCAAAUUCAUUCAGACAUUUUCACAAACACAUAAUGCCCAGCAAGUUGAAGAAGGCUAUCGGGGCAGUGAAGGACCAAACCAGCAUCGGCAUCGCCAAGGUCGCCAGCAACAACUCCUCCAACCUCGAGGUCGCCGUCCUCAAAGCCACCACCCAUGACGAUCUCCCCAUGGAGGACCGCUACGUCCAGGAGGUCCUCCAGCUGGUGUCCUCCGACAAGGCGUACGCCGCCGCCUGCGCCCGCGCCAUUAGCAAGCGGAUUGGGCGGACGCGGAACUGGAUCGUGACCUUGAAGUCUCUGGUCCUGGUGCUCCGGAUUUUCCAGGACGGCGAUCCUUAUUUCCCGCGGGAAGUCCUGCACGCCAUGAAACGCGGCGCCAAGAUCCUCAACCUCUCCAGCUUCCGAGACGACUCCAAUUCCAGCCCCUGGGAUUUCACCGCCUUCGUCCGGACGUUCGCGCUCUACUUGGACGAGCGUUUGGAUUGCUUCCUCACCGGGAAGCUGCAGCGGCGGUUCACGCACAACGCGGCUCACCUGACCCGGCGCCCCGACGAGCCGGUCCGGGAAAUGAAACCGGUGAUGUUGCUGGACCGGAUCGGGCACUGGCAACGGUUGUUGGAGAGGGCGAUGGCCACCAGGCCGACGGGGGCGGCGAAGACUGACCGCCUCGUGCAAAUCGCGCUCUACGCGGUGGUGGAAGAGAGUUUCGAUCUGUACAAAGAUAUCUCCGACGGACUUUCUCUCAUCCUCGAUAAUUUCUUCCACUUAGAGCACCAAUCCGGCGUGGUUGCCUUCCAAACCUGCAUGAGAGCGGCGAAACAGUACGAGGAGCUAUCGGAAUAUUAUGAUCUCUGUAAGAGCAUGGGAGUCGGGAGAUCGCCGGAGUAUCCAAGCAUUCAGAAAUUCUCCGAGGAGCUGAUUGAAACCCUACAGGAGUUCCUCAAAGAUCAAUCGUCGUUUCCGGUCCACGCAAAGUCGCCUAACAAUCACCCCUCGUUUCUUCUCCUCCCUUCACCGACCACUCCCCACCGCACACGCCACAAUAGCUUCGACGCACUAUACGAUCAAAUCUGCGCUUCUCGUAGCUCGAGGCGCGGUAGCUAUGGCGGACAAUCCGAAUUUUCCGUUGCAACUGACGGAUCCUCGGAAACCGGGUCGGAAAUCGGGGUAGAUGAUCUUCUCAGCGCUACUCUAACCACCGGGAAAAACCCUGCCAUUAAUGACUUGGAGACGUGUUCAGAAAGAGACGAUAACUACAUGCUGAGUGAAUCGGGAUCGGCGAAGUCAUUGCCGGCUUCAAAUUCAUUCGCCGAUCUUUUAUCAUUGGACGAUUGGAACGGAGACGACGAAUACGGAGACGGAGAAGAGGCGGCGACGCCGCCUAGUUCUUCCAAAGCCGCAACUACAAACAAUUUUGCCGAGUUUGAACUAAAUAAUGAUGCAGCCGCCGCCGGCUGGGACCUUGUGUUAUUCGAAACACCGCCGCAAGAGGCGGCGGCGACACCACCGUCGAAAUUUGAUUUCGAAAGCUUGUUUGAUCCGGUUUCCUUGCCAUUACCGCCGGCUAAUAAAAGUCUAGACUCAUCAUCGUUAGACGCGUUGUACAAUCAAAGCCAAGUUGGCCAACCAAUGUCGGCACCUCCUCCUCAUCGUCACUAUAAUCCUUUUCUUCAAGAAGAAUUUCCGACGACCACAGCACCUCUGGACAUGUUUUCCGUGGCUCCGACGACAUUCCCAGCCACGCCGGAAACUUCAUCGCAAAAUCAAUCCAUCGCACCGACGUUUUCUGCACCAAGUCCACCCGCAACCGCCGGACAUAAUACCGAUUUUUCAUCACCGCCUACCUUCCAUGCAACUUCGACAUUGCAAAACGACGAAUUUUCUCCGGCGCCUACCUUCCAUGCAACUCCGGUCUUCUCUGCACAAAGCCAGGAAUCGUCGGCAAUGCAUAGUGCCUAUUCUCCGGCGCCUACCUUCCAAACUCCGACAUUUCCGGCACAAAGUCCAACAUCUAGGGCAUUGCAUAAUGACUUCUCUCCGGCGCCGGCGCCGGCGCAAAGUCCAACAUUUCAGGCAUCCCUAGCGGAAACAGCAACAAUGCAGAUGCAGAUGCAGAAGGAGAUGGACCCUUUGGCGUCACUGAUCGACGACCAAAUGUUUAGUAGUUCAAACAUGAGUACGCAGAACAUGGUGCAAGAACAACAACUUUGGUUGCAGAACCAAAACAAGAUCAUUGCAAAGCAUAUGUCCUAAACUAAACAUACUAACAUAACAUAUACAGUAUAUAUAUAUUUAUAUGAUAUGAUUCGUGUUUACUUUUUGUUUUUUGUUUUUUAAAUUUCUUUUUGGGUUAUGAUGAUUAGCUAGCAGUGCAGGACUA